AUGGCAACUCACAGAUUCGACCCCAAAUUCACCGACAAUGUCAUCAACGCGAUGGGCCCCAAGACCUCGCCGCGCAUGCGCCAGCUCAUGGCCGGUCUGAUUCGCCAUGUGCACGACUUUGCGCGCGAGAACGAGCUCACGGUCGACGAGUGGAUGGCCGGAGUGAAGAUGCUCAACUGGGCCGGCCAGAUGAGCGACGAUAAGCGGAACGAGGGCCAACUGGUGUGCGAUGUGAUUGGCCUGGAGUCCCUGGUCGACGAAAUCACCUUCACUCUCGCCGAAGAAGCCAAGGACGCACCCACCGCCACCGCCAUCCUGGGCCCAUUCUUCCGCGCCGACACACCCUACCGUGAGAACGGCGCCGACAUCGUCGUUACUAAGCCCAAGGAGGGUGGUGAAAUGGCCUUUAUGCACGGCCGGGUUGUUGACUUUGAGACCAAGAAGCCCCUCGUCGGCGCAGAUGUUGAGGUCUGGCAGGCUUCUACGAAUGGCCUGUAUGAGCAGCAGGAUCCGGAGCAGGUUGAGUUUAAUCUGCGUGGAAAGUUUAAGACGGAUGAUGAGGGACGUUAUUACUUUUACUGCCUGCGGCCGACGCCGUAUCCCGUUCCGGAUGAUGGUCCCGCUGGCAUGUUGCUGAACCUUAUGGAUCGCCACCCCUUCCGUCCUGCUCACAUUCACAUUAUUGCUACCAAGGAAGGCUACCGCCCUCUGACUACCCAGAUCUUCGACCGCGAGGACAAGUACCUGGACAACGACUCCGUCUUCGCCGUCAAGGACUCCCUGGUUGUGGACUUUGUUCCCCGAAAGGACGACCCCCAGGCUGCUCUUGAGUUGGAGUACGACGUUAAGCUGGUUGCUGACACCAAGGCGAGCGCAUAG